AAACUCGUCCCCUCGCCUGCCGCUCUGUGGAGAACAUGUUAUGCAGGCGGUUUGACCUGUUUACUACUGACACCAAACAGAUAGAUAUAAUCCAGCAUAACUCUCAGUUUAGACAUUUCUCCUGAACAUGAGUGGCCUUAAAUACAUGCUCAUGUUCUGUAGUCACGCUCGCAGGAUCAUCCGGAUUAAUACUCAGACUGUCAUUUCCAAGAGAAAUAUUUUCGAUAAAUCAAGGCAAGUCUUGCUCAAACGUGAGAAUGUUAAACCUGUUAACGUGAGUAGACAGACCAGUGUGGAUGCGGCACAGGCAGAAAAGAGUGAGGAUUCCUUGCUGAAAUGGCUGCUGCUGCUGAUCCCUGUGACCACCUUCGGCCUGGGAACAUGGCAGGUGAAGCGCAGGCAGUGGAAGUUGAAGUUGAUUGAAGAUCUCCAGAAAUUAACGACAGCAGAUCCGAUUCCACUGCCCACGGAUCCUAUGGAGCUAAAGGAUCUGGAGUACAGGCGUGUGAAGGUGCGUGGCAGGUUUGAUCACUCUCAAGAGCUGUACAUCCUGCCCCGUUCUCCAGUGGACCCUGAGAGAGAGGCCCGCGAGGCAGGAAGGCUGUCCUCCAGUGGAGAGACUGGAGCUAACGUCAUCACACCUUUCAACUGCACAGACCUUGGGAUUAAGAUCUUGGUGAACAGAGGUUAUGUCCCCAAAAAGAAAAUAAGUCCCGACACCCGAAUGAAGGGUCAGGUGACAGAAGAGGUGGAACUGGUAGGUGUUGUUCGCUUGACGGAGCAACGGAAACCAUUCGUCCCUCAGAACAAUGUGGAGGCAAACCGAUGGUUCUACCGUGAUUUGGAGGCUAUGGCUAAGGUCACUGGUGCUGAGGAAAUAUUUCUUGAUGUUGUGCUAGAGAGCACAAUACCAGGAGGACCAAUAGGAGGCCAGACAAGAGUAACCCUGCGAAACGAACACAUGCAGUAUAUCCUUACGUGGUAUGGACUUUGUACAGCUACUUCAUACAUGUGGUAUACAAAAUUCAUCAAACGCAUCCAUAUAUGAAAGCAACUGAGCACUGCAUCCAAAGGUUUUAUGACAGAUAUGCAAACGUAUCCCUCACAAAUUGAUUGAGAAGUUGGUAAUGAACAGCCAAGUGAUUUGUAACUACAAGUUUAUGCAAAUAUGUAGAAAGGCUUAUUUAAAAUUAACACAACCAUAAAUGUGGAGUGUAUUUUAGGUACUGUUUGCAUAGCUGAACAGCGACCUGUAGUAAAUGGCUGUAAUAGAACAGCUCUGCUGUGCAUUCUUUGGGUUGCAUUUUCUACAAUAAAUGUUGACAUUUUCCAA